CGUGAAGCGUGCGACUCCGCGGAGAAAGCUGCGGAGAGCGGGCGUGCGCCGGAGCAGUCUCAGGUUUUCGAGCAUUAUGGCUGCUUCCGUACCUGGAACGGCUGGUCCGAAAAGCUGGAAGAGAAGCUGUUACCACUCACACGGAUGCAGUGUUGAGCACCUGCGAACCUGGCGGAGAGAGCGAGAAGCAGCUCUGAGAAGUGCACGGAGGCUACAACAGUUGUUCAGUAAGCGGCAUUUAUGUGAAGACACGUCAUCAGAUGGAGAAGUUGCAAUGGACAGUGAGACAACAGCUCUUUUAUCCGAGGAAGAGGUUUCACAGCUGUUAAGAAAGAUCCAGAGAGGAACAGAAGACAGAACAGUCUCUAUGCAUCUCCUUCGACGAGGACUACAGCACAGGGAAAUCCAGCAGAAAUUUAUCAGGUUGGAGGGCAGUAUGUCUCUGCUGAUUGGCCUGUUUACCAGCAAUCUAGCCAACUUGCAGAUGGAUGCAGCUUGCUGUUUGCACGAACUCUCACUGUCUACUGAUCCUGCUGUGGUCGAAGCAUGUUUGCCAGCAACCUCUUAUCUCCUGACUUACCUCUCUGGACACAGUGUAGCUCUCGUGGAGCUGUGUUUGUAUACAUUAGGGAACUUAGUGGUUGAGAUGAAGGCUGUGAAGAAACACCUUCUACCUCAGGGCAUCAUCCCAGUGUUGGCAUCCUGUAUCCAGUCUCCUCAUGUGGCGAUACAGGAAGGUGUUGGCUAUGUUCUGUCACAGCUCUUGCAAUCCAAAGAAGCGGCAGAUGAAAUCAUACCGUUGGUCCUAGAAUCCACUCUCCCACAACACAUGCUUCACUUGGUUUGUUCCAGGCUGGAAGAUGGAAUAGGAACCGCAGUGGAAUGUGCGUGGGGUCUUCACUACAUUAUUUGCAGCCAAGUGAACAAUUCAUUGUUGAUCUCCCAAAGGACUGUGCCAUCCCUAGUGCAACUGUUGCUGGAAUUGUCCUCUCUGAUAGCAACAACUUCUGUUGAGGGUCUAGAAUUGUUGAUAUGCCCUGUUGUGCGGUGCAUUGGCAAUCUUCUUGCAGAAGAUAAGACAGAUAAUAAUGAACUGUUAAUAAAGGAAGAGUGCCUUCUGAAGGCCUUGUUUGUCUUUAUACAGCGUUUCCUGCCCAAACACACCUUUGUUGUAAGCGAAUGUCUGUGGCUCAUGAAUAACCUCACAGUUAGCAGCACCACAUCUUGUUCUGCUCUGCUCAGCCUGGAACUCUUUCCCUAUAUGUUGAAGCUCUUAUGUUCUUAUCAAGUGAUCAGCUUGCUGGUUCUAACAGUGUUGUGCAAUAUAGCUGCCAAGGGUACUGCUUACUGUGAGAUGCUGCACCAAAAGGCUGUGCUUCCUUCUCUUGUUAACAUCCUUGUUGUUUCUGAUGUUGAAGUGGUAGGCCAAGAUCUAGAACUACUGCAUCUCAUCUUCCUUCACUGGCCAAAGGCUGCCACUGAUUUUGUAAAUCAUUCUGGACUAUAUGCCUUACAGCAGCAUCAAGAUAACCUACAUUUGCAAGAGCGAGUCAAAGCACUAAUUCAAACAGCUAGCCGGCUAACUGCUGUCCCUCAAAAUGAUUCUUUUGGAACUGAAAGUGUACAUUUUACUUCUUUACAAAGUUGAAGCAGUGACAUAUAUAAAUCAACUAGAUUAGCUUGUUGUCAAGAAACUUUAAACAAAACCCUUUGAAGAGCAGUAUUAUUAAUUGAAUAUAUCCAGCUACUUUUGAGAACUGGCCUAGCACAGACUGCACAUAAUUAAUGGGAGAGUUUGAAGAAUUGGCUUGGAGUUUUCAGUAAGAAGCCAGCUAUCUUUUCAGCCCCUGGGCAAGAUUUCACACAGUGGGCAGGGCACCUUCCCCCAUGCCUUUUUUAAGUGUUUUUUUAAGUCAGUGUCAAAUUUGUUUUUUAUCUUAAUUUUGGUAAAUAAACUUCAAUUGUUUUUAUUCUUUCCAGACCAACAUAACACUGGAAAAAAGUUACGUAAAAGGGUUUAGGACUCUGUCUAUCCAUAAAUAGGAUAACUCUCUGAAAACAGAGCAUGACUGGACUAAAUUUGGUCGGGCAGGAGAAGCCAGCAAAAAAAGGACCAAGUUUAAGAUGGACUGGAUCUGUCUGGGGGAUGCGGAGAAAAGUUUUCCAGGAAAAAACAUCCCCCAGUGCAUCAUUUUGGGAGACACAUUUGGACAGCAAUUCAAAAGUUGCUGAUGUUCCUUCCUAAGCUCUCCUCCUUCCUGGUCAUGUAAUCCAAAGUGGAGUGAAUGUAGUCCAUUAUGUGUUUCCCAAUGCACACAUACACUGAUGUGACAUGAAGGGAAGAGCAGGAAAAUAACCAUACUGAAGAAAGAACAGAACCUCUUAUGCCCACUGUUGGUAAAGUAGUGGGAAAGAAUUCUAGAAAUCAUGCUCUGCAUGAUUACAACUGCCCUGGUACAUAUGUUGACUAAAACAGGACACUUUGUACGUAACUUUAUUUAUAGAUCACAAUUAAUUACACAGAAAUUACAAACAAA